AUGCUCGACAACUCUUCGGUGUUUUCGAUGCCAGAUGUUGUCCCGUAUUCGCUCGAAGUGAAAACAUCGUCACCGAAAAAGGGAGUUGCGGCUAUGGUGUUGCCGAUACCUGUGCGCCCUUCUCGUGGAUCGAGCAGCUUCACAUACAAAUCGAAACACGGGCACAAUGAAGAUGCACGUUAUGCUAUGGAUAUGAUUGAAAAUUUUGAGCUCAAUCUGCACAAGAAGAAAGGUGCAAAGGAGCGGGUAGCUUUGAUGGAUUUUUCUGAAUCAUCCACCAGCCCUUCGCCGGUUUCUUCGUGCGGAACACCGACGUUGGAGAAGAAGAUUCAAAAGAAUACACAACUCUUGGAAAAACUCCAACAUCAAGUCGAGCGAAGGGCACGACUUCAAAUGCAAGCGGAAAGGGAUCAUGUUGAGCUGAUGAGCUCAAAUUUCUUCUUGGCGCCUCCGUCAAGUAUAUCGUUUGAUAGGGGAACACCUGUGAAGUCCGAGAUGGAAAUUCACCGCGCUGCCUCGAGUACGAAGAUUUUAAAUACUCAACCAUCGACCUCGCAACUCCAUCAGCAGAACUCUGUCUUUUUAUCGAGCCCAAGCAGCAUUGAGCCGCUCGUCUACGACAAGCAGCAACAGGUGCUUGAGCCAAGACUAAAAACUUUGAAAUUUGCGGAUAGAGUUGACCGUCGUGAAACGAGAUCUUUGGAUGGAAUCAAUAAAUUCACACAUGACCACUCGGCGCAGGUGGACAUCUCAAAAAGCACAUUUGAGUUUGGAUCCAACUUGAAUAGACGAACGCAACCAAGUUACAACAAAGGAGCCGUUGAUCGAUCUGUUCAGGUUUAUCAAACUACUUUCGACACAAAAAGGAAAUCCGAUUAUGGUGGACAAGAAAAUAGAGACUUGACAUUGAAUUUUGAGGGGCUCACUAUGGCACAACCCAAGCCAAUACUGCUCAAGUCGAUCAGCGAUAAAGAGUUGCCAAAGAUGAACGCUGAGAAAAGAACCUCUUCAAUGCCAAAUGUCCGCACUUUGCCGGCUGCAUUGGGCUUAAAUAGAAACAAGACCCAAACUCAACCACAAGCCAAAGUAUUUGCCCCACCGAUGGAUGUCGAUUCGAUCCCAAAAAAGAAAAAGAUGCCGGUUAGCACAAAAAGAACACUUGCUUCGGUUGGUUUUCGACAGCGACCAUGUGUGACUACGCGGCCCAAGAAAACUAUUACAAACGCUAGUCGCAAAGAUGAAGGAAAGGACCAAGAAAAAUCGUCGAAGAAGAAAACGUUUCCGUUUAUUGCUACUUGUGUGCCCAAUCAGCUAUCCCAUUCUUUGACGGCUAAUCGACAUCAAUUGCUGGCUCUCUUGAAGCAGUAUCUACCGAACCAUACGGCGCUACGUAACAUGGUGUUGAACAUUACGGCUGGUGGUCGAGCAAAUGUCUUCAAGAGUUUCACGACGAUUUGCGAGACAGAAAUGGCGACUUUAGAUGCGAAAUAUGUGAAGACUUUAGAUGAGUAUGAACGGUUGCCGGAUGGAGACGAGCUAACACACGAGUUGGAUCGAGAGAUGGAUCGCUUUGAGAAAGAAUACGAUGCGUUGAAAGCCGUGGUGAACAAGUUAAAAUCGAUGACCAGCCCGUCCCGUCCACUGACUUCACACACGGAUAAUGGUGGAAUCGUCUAUCAAAUGCGAAUGAUUCAACAAGCAAUCUCUUCGUCUUUCGCUUUG